UCAGUGUGGAAAGAAAAAAAAAACAGAAGGUUUUCUUUAAGUCCCGGGGUCUUUGAAUCCAUCUCCAUGCAUUUUUCUGAUUUAAAUGCCUGAGUGGCCUCCGUCAGUUCCUGUAAUGAACACGUGGUGGCGACACGUGGCUAAUGAGAGCCAUGUGGCUCCUGCGGUGUGUUUGUAGGAAGGAUUGCGCACAGUGGAGGGAAGCAGAGACAGAAGCCGAGGCAGAGGGAGAGAAAGUGAGGGAAGAGGCUGAGUCCAGGACAGACGGAGACAACUUUCCUCCACACGUCUUCUUCUUCUUCUUCUUUUUUAUUUCCUCCUAGUUUUUUCUUCUGCCUUUUUCUCCUCUGCGUUUUGAAGGAGCGCACAAGUUGAGAAGACACUUUAUCUGGAGAUUUAUCUUGGAGAAGUUCCCGAAGUUUUGAAGGAGUGUGAGAUCAGUGGAUGUUAAAAGCGGACGAAGGUUUUAACCCAGAGCCGGAGGAAUGUAUCCCAGUCGGGCAGCGGCGUGCCAGCGUCAGUGGAGAUGUCCAGGCGUCAGGACGCUCUGGAUCAGCCUGCUCCUCCAAGGCCUCCUGGACAUGAGCGCGUCUGGGUCUGAAUUUCUCCAAGACCCCAGUGUGUUGGCCGCCACAUCAUGGAACACCUCCAGUGAUGGAUUCCCCUUCAUCCGUCUGGAAGCCCCCCUGAACAACAUCACCACCUCUCUGGGCCACACGGCCGAGCUCUUCUGCCGGGUUUCUGGAAACCCACCUCCCACCGUGCGCUGGCUGAAGAACGACGCUCCUGUGGUCCAGGAGCCACGCCGCGUCUCCUACAGGACCACGACGUACGGAUCUCGACUGCGGAUCCGCAACCUGGACACAACGGACACGGGCUACUUCCAGUGUGUGGCCACUAACAUGAAGGGCACCGUGUCCACCACCGGAGUUCUGUUUGUCAAGUUUGAUCCUCUUCCCACACCUCUGUCAGGAAAGCCAACGGAUGAUUUUGACGAAGAAGGAUUCUGUCAGCCCUACAGAGGCAUCGCCUGCGCCCGUUUCAUCGGCAACCGCAGCAUCUUUGUGGAUUCUUUGCAGAUGCAGGGCGAGAUCGAGACCCAGAUCACAGCGGCCUUCACUAUGAUCGGCACAUCCAACCAUUUGUCCGACCGCUGCUCCCAGUUUGCCAUUCCGUCUCUUUGCCACUUCGCCUUCCCGACGUGUGACCGCAGCUCGGGGACGGACAAGCCUCGGGACCUUUGUAAGGACGAGUGUGAGAUCCUGGAGAACGACCUGUGUAAGACGGAGUACAUCAUCGCCCGCUCCAACCCUCUGAUCCUGAAGAGGCUGAAACUGCCAAACUGUGAGGACCUGGCUGCCUCCGACAGUCCAGAGGCCGCAAACUGUCUGAGGAUUGGCAUCCCCAUGGCUGAGCCCAUUAACAAGAACCACAAGUGUUACAACAACAGCGGCGCAGACUUUCGUGGAACUGUCAGCGUGACCAAGUCUGGACGUCAGUGCCAGCCGUGGAACUCCCAGUACCCUCACAGUCACACCUACCUGGCUGUUCGAUACCCGGAGCUGAACGGCGGCCACUCGUACUGUCGCAACCCAGGGAACAAACACGAGGCCCCCUGGUGUUUCACUCUGGAUGAAAGCGUUCGUAUGGAGCUCUGUGACAUUCCCAUCUGUGACCUCAAGGACAAGUCCGGUGGCAGCAACAUGGAGAUCUUGUACAUCCUGGUCCCCAGUGUGGCCAUCCCUUUAGCCAUCGCCUUGCUCUUCCUCUUCAUCUGCGUGUGCCGCAACAACCAGAAGUCUUCGCGUCCUCCCGCCCCUCGUCAACCCAAACCUGUGCGUGGACAAAACGUCGAGAUGUCGAUGCUCACCACUGCAUACAAACCCAAGCAGAGUAAGGCCAAAGAGCUUCCACUGUCAGCUGUGCGCUUCAUGGAGGAGCUGGGAGAGUGCUCUUUAGGAAAGAUCUACAAAGGUCACCUGUACCUGCCCGGCAUGGAGCAGGCUCAGCUGGUGGCCAUAAAGACCCUGAAAGACAUAUCCAGUACCCAACAGUGGGGGGACUUUCAGCAGGAGGCUGCAGUGCUGACGGAGCUUCAACAUCCAAACGUGGUGUGCCUGCUGGGAGUGGUGACCCAGGAGCAGCCCGUCUGCAUGCUGUUCGAGUUCCUCCCUCAGGGCGACCUCCACGAGUUCCUCAUCAUGCGUUCCCCUCAUUCUGACGUGGGCUGCAGCAGCGAUGAGGACGGAACAGUCAAGUCCAGCCUGGACCAUGGAGAUUUCCUUCAUAUGGCCAUCCAGAUUUCUGCUGGGAUGGAGUACUUGGCCAGUCACUUCUACAUCCACAAAGACCUGGCUGCACGCAACGUUUUAGUGGGCGAACAGCUUCACGUGAAGAUAUCGGACCUGGGUCUGUCCAGAGAGAUCUACUCCUCAGAUUACUACUGCAUCCAGCCCAAAACCCUGCUGCCCAUCCGCUGGAUGUCCCCCGAGGCCAUCACCUACGGCAAGUUCACCACGGACUCAGACAUCUGGUCGUUCGGUGUAGUGCUGUGGGAGAUGUUCAGCUACGGCCUGCAGCCGUAUUACGGCUUCUCCAACCAGGAAGUGAUGGAGAUGGUGAGAAAGCGGCAGCUGCUGCCCUGCCCUGAAGACUGCCCCCCGAGGUUUUAUGGUCUGAUGACAGAGUGUUGGCAGGAGAGUCCCGGACGCAGAUCCAGGUUCAAGGACGUGCACGCCCGCCUGCGAGCCUGGGAAGGUCUUUCAUCCCACGCCAGUUCCAGUACGCCCUCUGGUGGUGGAGGCAAUGCCACCACCCAGACCACCUCACUCAGCGCCAGCCCCGUCAGCAACCUCAGCAACCCUCGCUACGCUGCGGCGGCGGCUGCGGCUGGUUACCUUUACCCAGCCCAGGCCAUGGCUUCUCCGGGUCAGAUGGCUCCGAUUCAAGCCUGGACACAGAUGGCUGUGCCUCAGACCCACCCUCGCUUCAUCCCCGUCAACGGAUACCCUAUCCCGACGGGGUACGCAGCGUUCCCUGCCCACUUCCCAGCCCCGGUGCCGCCCACCAGGGUCAUCCAGCACCACCUGCCCCCUCCUAAAAGCCGCUCCCCCAGCAGCGCUAGUGGCUCCACCAGCACGGGUCACGUCAGUGGCGUCCCCUCCACCACGGGCUCCAACCAUGACGCCAACGCGCCCCUGCUGUCCCACUGCAUCAUGCCCGGGAACGGCGGAGGCUCGGCACAGAUGUACGGACAGGUUAACCAGAAGAUGAUGGGACAGCUGGACCACGGAUCGCAAACAUCGGCGCUGCUGAACGCUGAUUCUGACGUACGGAUGUACAACGACUCGGUCAUCACUGCCGACCUGUAGACAGAUGAAUACACACAUCGUUGGACUCUAACUGUUUCUACUUCUCUGACCCAUAUGGAGAAGUUCUGACCUCUAAUCAAAGUACCUGACAAAGAACCCUCCUCUGUUUCACACAGAGACGAAAACAAACAGGUCUGGAAGAACGUGUGUGUGUGUGUGUGUGUGAGAGAGAGGAACACUGCCACAGCUACAGCAACACACACACACACACACACACGCCAUUUUACAGUGUACUUACUACCACGGUUUGAACUUGUUCUUUUUUAACCUCUUGUAAAUACAGAUAUAUAUUCAUAAGAACCUUUUAUUAUUUAGUUCAGACGGUGACAGGUACCGUCGGAGGAAUCAGUUCCUGUGUCGACAAGGUCACCAACACGGUCCUGGAACCCUAACCAAAUCAGAACCAGUGAGUGCUUUCAACGGGAAAAUGUGUGUUUCAGAAGAAGGAAGAAUCUGAGAACCCAGAAUAUGGUGAAGAACAUGGAGAACAUCCAGGAGUUCUGUUUUUUUUUUUUUUUUUAAGAAACAUGUUUCAUGAUUUUGUGCCAUUUUGAGACACUCCUGAAUUUUCUGUGCAAACCACAGAGGAAGAUGGAUGUGGUUUGAAGAACUCCCUGGUUUGGAAAAUACGCUGGUUUUGGAUUUUUUUUAAACAGAAUCCACAGCAGGAUCAGUGUGAGGUGCUCACGUGUGUUGAACGCUAUGACAUUCAUACGACCUUUAGGUGCCUCGCUGCAGCAGCGCAGUGGAACUCUGUCGCUCUUCUUGACAUUCAGUGUACAGAUCUGCUCUGUACAAUUGCCUGUGUAGCAAAAGUCCAGAAUAUUAGGUACAAAUACCCAGAAAACAGAGAUGGGUUCGAUGGAUUUCACUGAGAAGACCAGUCCAUUUACAGCCGGUGAAGUACCAAGUCCAGAAGCCGGACCCUGGUGCUGGACUUACAGAUUUGAGAGUGAAGCAGCUGAAAAAGAAAACACUUGCUCUUCGUCGUUUUUAUGCAAAAUCCCUUUUUUUCCAGAAGUGACAACUGAAUGUUUGUGUGCGACCUUCACGUUGGACGUUAGCAGAAUUUUCAGACCUCAAUCUGUCCAGACUGAGAGAGAAGAAAGGAAGGAUUUUAUCUUCUUUAUACUAUAGUUUUGUUUUUUUCUUUGUUUUUUAAUUCUGCAUUACCCUGCUAUCGUCAUCGUCAAAAUUACCAGAUGUUCAUUUCAGAAUCAGUGUUUUUUGUUUAAGGUGUGUUUUCCAGUUUUUAUAUUGUGAAGGAAUUCCCAGGACUUAUCGUGUUUGACUUUGACUUUGUUUCUCACCUUGUAGUAAAUCAACUAAAAUGUGCAAGAAAAUAAUAAAGAAAAGGGAAGCUGAAGAAGCACAAAGCAGAAAGACUGAAAACAAUCACAAAUCUCAACAAAAUUAAAGUUGUGUUUUAAAUACCUUAAAUAAUAAUGGGGAGAACUUAGGGUAUGUAAAAAAAAUGUUUUUAUUUUCAGUGCAUUAAUCAAUUAUGUUUUAGCUUAAAGGUGACGCCAACAUUAUUUUUUAAUAAAUUAAAAUUAGAUUUUUUUUUUCUAAAUGCAUCUGUUUUCCAGUAACAAGCACAAAUGUUUUAUCUACUCAGUCUGUAAUAGACUCAUGAAUGAAAUCCGUGUUCAAAACUGCAAUUGUUGCACUGUUGCUCCUCCAGACAAACAGGCAACAUUUCACCUUCAUCUUGAUGACUCUUCUCUGUCACUGUGCUGCGCAUUUGGUUUUCAGGAGAUUUUGGCUGAAUAUGUUCAGUGAUCGCAUAAGAUCGCAUAAUAAUUUUCUUUUCACAACACUUGGGUUGGCUAGUUUUAAAGUCCACUUUGUUUUCUUUGACGGUCAUUUAAUACACAAAAACAUCUGUUUCAUUAUUAUCUGUUAAAAUCCAACUGUAUUUGCAGUGUGUUUCUUCACUGAUGAAUUGUUUACUACUAGGUGUCUCAUCUCAAUGGCUAAAAUGCAGUCCCAAACCAUAACAGAGCCUCGUCAUAUUCUACCUGGGGUCAAAAAUCAUUUUUCAAAUUUUUUAAUUUUUUUAUUACAAAUCAAACUGAAAUUGUUCCCACCAAAUAUAUCAACCUCAAAGUAACGAGUUACGAUAGAGAAAGAUCUGAUCCAUUAUGACCAGAACACAACAUUGACUUCUACAAUUCUAUAAUUUAUAAUUUAAUGAUUAUUACUACUACUGUCACUACAUGUAAGCAAUGGAUGCAGAAAACCUAAAAUUGAAAAUCUAAAUUAAUUUAAUUCAGGUUAAACAUGCUCUUUUUUUGUUUACACAGACAGUAUAUAAUCGAAUAUUUUUAACAUUUUAUCAGCAGAGAUUAACGUAUUUUAUUUAACUUUAGGUGAAAACGACCAUUGAGUUUCUUUGUUUCUCUCUUCUUAUUUUUUUUUUCUCCUUUUUUUUAAAUUAUCCUUGAAGCACAUCGAGCUACCUAGGCAUCUUGAGUUUGUGCACGUGACCUGUGUCAUGUAUGACUAUAGCAGUGUAAAAACCACUUGUACACAAGACUGUGAAUCUUAAUCAAGUCUAGGUUUUUGUUUUCAUGUCAAACGCCUUUUUUUUUCCUGUUUUAUUCUAGAUAUUUUUAAAAGAAAAACAGCAUUAAAAACACAUGUAAAGACUUCCAAUGACGUCACGCUCAACGCGGGAGUUUACCUUCGUAUCCUUCUGAUCCAGAGCGGCCGUUGUCAAUCUAUUGUGUCCGAACAUUUUUUGCACAAACGUUUUGUAUUGCAUAACCAUGCAUUAAAUGAUGUUGUUUGGUUAA